CUCCAAUUUACAUGGCUGUCGAGAGGGGGUAUUGUGUUUUAGUUUAUAAGAUGAUGAAGACUUGCAAAAAUCCCGUUUACAAAGGCCCUAAUGGCAGAACAACUUUGCAUGCUGCAGUCACAAUCAAUGGCAUAGAAAUGACGAAAGAUUUGUUGAAGUACACUGAAAAGGCUUUGACGAAAGAAAUCGACGAAAGAAAUCGACGAAAAGGGAUGGACUCCGCUACACUACGCUGCAUCCAUGGGUCACACUUCAAUUGUGAAAUCCUUACUAGCAGCUGAUAAAUCCGCCGCCUACAUCGGCGACAAUGAGAAGGUUACACCUCUUCACGUUGCAGCACUCGGAGGCCAUGCAGACGUAAUGAAAGAGCUUAUUGCCUGUUGCCCUGAUUGUUGCGAACUGGUGGACAGGCGCCGUCGCGACGCUCUUCACUUCUGCAUUAGGAAGCGUCAUCAUCAAGUAGAGCAACUUGUGAGACAAGAUCCAUGGCUCAGCAACGUCCUUUUGAAUGGCAAAGACGAAGAUGGGAACACACCCCUCCAUCUUAUGGCUUACGCUUGGUACAACAACGCUGGGUUCAUACGUGAUGCUAGGGUUGAUAAGAUGACAUUCAACAAGGAAAAUCUCAACGCUCUUAACAUCGUUCAAGCUUUGCCUUAUUCAGAACAACAAAUAUAUCUUCAAAGCACAUUGAAAGAGAUUGGUGCCAUACCAGGUCAUCGGAUUUCAAGCGACAAGGAUGGUGGCAGCAGCAAGGUCGAGGAAAACAUAGGUGGCAGCCAAGUAGAGAAAAACAGAGGUGUUGGCAUCGAAGUGAAGGAAGGAAGAGACUCCCAUCUGGUUGUGGCUACACUUAUAGCAACCGUAACGUUCGCAGCUGGUUUCACCAUGCCUGGUGGUUACCAAGGCGAAAAAGGACCAGACCAGGGCUUCGCAGUUCUAUCCAGAAAUGCAGCUUUCAAAGCUUUUGUGAUAACAAAUACAAUAGCCAUGGCUAUGUCUAGUUGUUCUGUCAUGGUGCUCCUUUUUUGCAGGAAUUACACAAGUCUGACCGGAAAAUUGCAGAAAAAUUUCCACAACGCGUUAUCCUUUACUUUGUUUGCCUUAAUGGCAAUGGUGGUUGCAUUCAUUACCGGCACAUAUGUGGUACUGAGUGGUCGUUCGCCAGGACUUGCCAUCGCUACUUGUGUGCUAGGAUGCCUUUUCUUCUUUGCCUUGGCUAAAUCUAUGAAUAUUCCGGUCGUCAAAAUACUAGUAUUAGAUGUGCCAAGAAUAAUGUUCAGGCAUAAAUUUCCUCGUUCUUUUUUAUUCAAGUACAUGAGAUGCAUGUUACCAUGGGAUUACCCGCGUCAUACUUUCAAUGCGAUAUGAACAAUUGGCACAGCGCUCAAUUAAUUAAGAGCGUUCAUGUCAAUUGUACUAGAGAAUAAAUAAUA